CGAAAAAUCAUCUACUUAUUCUUAUUUUCUCUCUAUAAAACAAAAUGUCGACCGUAGAAGAACAAAAAAUACUCAUAGAGCUCGAGACGAUGCCGUUUAUCGUCGGACCCACAGACAAUGGACAAGAGCGGAAACAGCAGGAAUUCGACAGUAUGGGUGCAAAAAAUGAUAGAGACAGGCCGAACGAUACAAAAUCUGUCAUAAGUACUCUGAUUGCAAGGAAAACUGGGAUUUCCGCAACUUCGGGAUUAAUCAAUUUCAUAUGUGGAAUGAUCGGUCCAGGAUGUUUUUCAUUGGCCGUUAGCUUUAAACAAGCUGGUCUAUGGGGUGGUCUUGCAUUGGUUUUUAUUGUUGGUUUCCUGAGUCUAUACAGUAUGCAUAAAAUUGUGAAUUGUUCUCAGUAUCUCGCAAAAUCAAAUGGAGAUCAAAGUUUGGAUUACGGUGAAAUGGCAGAAGCAGCCAUGCAGAACAGUUAUAAAUGGGCAAGAAAACAUGGAAAAUUGGCAAAAAUAGUUAUUAACGCGUGCUUAUUGGCUUUUCAACUUGGAGUCAUUACAGUUUUUAUGGUUUUUGCAGUAGAGCACGUUAUUGAGAUUUGGGAAUUCUUUGCUGAUUCUCCACCUCCAUUUUCAAAGUGUGUGAUGAUUCUAAUGUACUUCGUACCUCAAAUGUUACUCAAUUUCAUUGGGCACAUGAAGCUUCUCACGAUUUUGUGCCUUUUUGGAAAUGUUAUCAUAUUUGCAGCAAUUGUUCUGAUUACAAAGGAGUUAAUGGUACAUACAUGGUAUCCAACUUGGGAACUCGGAAGUGUAACUGGAAUCGAAGGAAUCUCUCUUGCUGCUGGUGCUCUAAUCUAUUCAUUUGAGGGUCAAGCGAUGGUUCUGCCCAUGGAAAAUUCGUUGAAAUAUCCAAAAGAUAUGACUGGAGCCACUGGAGUCUUGUCUACUGCAAUGAAUCUUGUCACAGUUCUUUACGCUUUUCUGGGAUUUUUCGGUUACGUCACUUUUGGACCAGCUGUACAAGGGAGUUUAACGUUAAAUCUUCCAAAUUCUAUCUUAACAGUUUCAAUCAAAGGACUUCUAGUAUUGAAAAUCUUUUUUGGAAGUGCAAUUCAAUUGUACGUGAUUGUUCAAAUGCUUCUUCCAAGUCUUCGAUCAAAAAUCUCUGAAGAUCGCAAAAUGGUUCAUCGACUUCUUCCGUAUGCUCUUCGUCUUGGUCUUAUGCUCAUUUCUCUAUGCAUUGCCCUUAUCGUACCAAAUUUGAUGCAAAUCAUUCCAUUAGUUGGAAUAACUUCAGGACUUUUGAUAUCUCUAAUUCUUCCAUCAUUUUUGGAUUGCAUGGUAUUUUUGCCAGUUUUCAAAAAACAAGGAGACAUGUUCAAAUUCUACCAGAAACUAAUAAUAAACGUAUUUCUUUUUGUUCUUGGAUGGUUUUUCCUUGGCGCUGGACUCUAUUCAAGUAUUGAUGAUAUUAUUAAUAAUGAUGUUUAAUUUCAAAUAUUUCUUUUUUUUUUUGUAAAAUGUGUCCUCUCAUCAAGCAUUACAAUUUGUUACGAGUAUUCAUCGUUUUCACACCAUUUCUAUUUUUUCUAAUUUCUGUGAUGUUUCUCCCCGUUUUUUCUUGAAUUUUCGGUUGACCAGGCCCGAUGUGAUAAACUUUUUACGAUU